CUGAGCAAGUCUGCUCUGCUCAGCUGCUGUGAAAACUCUGUGUAUGUGUGAACUCCUUGCAUGCAUGUGUUAAGAAGAGUUUUGUGUGCGCGCACUGGUUUGUGUGUUUUUGUAAGCAGAGCUGAAGUGCAGCCGUUCAUCAGUGGAGCCGACUGCAGACAGGGGAAUACUCAGAUCUCACUUUGCUGCUUUUCAACUUACACACCAGCUGCUUUUUGGACUUUCUGAAGACUCACUGGACGUAUUUUGCACCAAAGCGGGACUCUGCUGCUGUUCUCGCGCUCUGUUCAGGCACCAUUCCCAUAACUGGAAUUAAUCAUGUUUUAAAACAGAAUUUCCACCUGCUUCGCUAAUUUAAGCUCUCGGUUUCUAGUCUGGUUAAAUUCUGAAAUUCAGCAAUAACUGUUUUCUCAUUAUCCCGUAACUUGCCUGUACUUUCUUGCUGAAAUCAGAUAUGAAACGUCUUGAGAAUGGAUGUUUGGGAAGCACAGGACAAAAACUCAGUGAGCGUGAAUAGGUGUGUAUACAGCACUUUCUGUGUAUAAGCAAGCUUGUUUGUCUUGCAUAGGAAAGACUAUGAGAAGUUAAAGAGAAGCAAAACAGUGCUGUAACAAUGGAGACUGUCUGUGCUGUCCAAGGCAUGUCGGGCUCAGGUGGAUGCUGAUCCCAAUCUGGAAUGUGCUGAACUCCUGUGGAAUUUGGUUCCCCUGGAAACGGAUAGGCAGGUCUUUGAGCCCAUGUGUAAUGUGUUUGUCCCAUCUCUGAUGCGAGAGGUGAACUUGAUCAUCCUUCAAGAACGCAAGAGAACGACGUUACGUUGAUUAUUAAGACCCUCAAACGAAGCCUGGCAGAGGAGAAACUAGAAGCCACGGCACAUUUUAAGGAUCCUUCCAAUACGUCUUUAAAAGGCCGGUUCCUGCUUCUGUUACACAGAUUCUGAAGACUCUGAAUCAGAACCAGAACACAAGUAAAGCUGUUAAUAAAUUCAAAAUUGAACAAAUAAAUCAUAUCACAGACUCUCAGCUUUUCAAAGAAAGGAGUUUGCUUUAAAUUUGCCAAGAUGAUGACCAUGAUGAUGAUGGUGGUGGCCACGAUGGUCACCUGCAGCUCUCUGUUCCUACUGGGGCUGGCUGCUGCCCAUGCAUCCUCCAGCACCAUGACCCGCACCUCCUCUUCCUCUUCAUCCUCUUCAUCUUCCUCCUCUUCCUCCUCCUCCUCAUCAUCCUCACCACGCAUGAAACUAUCAUACAAAGAGUUGCAGCAGUUCCACGGGGUGCGGCGAUUUGAGCUGGAGCGUUCCUGCUGCUUCAGCGCCCUGCUGUUGGAUGAAGAGAGGGGUCGACUAUUUGUGGGAGCCAAGAACUUCCUGCUGUCUCUCUCACUGGACAACAUCGCCAAGCAAGAGCACAAGAUCUAUUGGCCUGCCCCUGUUGACUGGAGAGAGGAGUGUAACUGGGCUGGCAAGGACAUCACUUCUGACUGUGUGAACUACGUGAAGAUUGUACACCACUAUAACCGCACCCACUUAUAUGCCUGUGGAACAGGAGCUUUCCACCCCACCUGUGCCUUUGUAGAGGUGGGACACAGGAUGGAGGACCACGUGUUCAGGAUUGACCCCUCUAAGGUGGAGGACGGGAAAGGAAAGAGUCCGUAUGAUCCUCGACAUAACGCUGCCUCCGUGCUUGUCGGUGAUGAGCUGUAUGCAGGUGUGGCCACAGACUUAAUGGGAAGGGACUUCACCAUCUUCAGAAGCCUGGGGAAACGCCCCUCUAUCCGCACUGAGCAGCAUGAUUCAAGAUGGCUUAACGAACCAAAGUUUGUUGGUUCCUUUUGGGUCCCUGAAAGUGAGAACCCAGAUGACGACAAGGUCUUUUUCUUCUUCCGGGAGACGGCUGUUGAGGCUCAAGGGCUGGGAAAGUCCACCUACUCCAGAAUCGGACAGCUGUGCAGAAAUGAUAUGGGCGGUCAGCGAAGUCUGGUGAACAAGUGGACAACGUUUCUCAAGACCCGUCUGAUCUGCUCGGUACCGGGAGCUGAUGGCAGUGACACGUACUUUGAUGAGCUGCGCGAUGUAUUCCUGCUACAAACAAGGGACAGAAAGAACCCCCUGGUUUACACCGUCUUUUCUACUUCCAGCAGCAGUGUGUUUAAAGGCUCAGCUGUGUGUCUUUACUCCAUGAAUGACAUCCGGAGGGCCUUCCUGGGGCCCUUUGCUCACAAAGAGGGGCCCAACUACCAGUGGGUCCCCUUCCAGGGAAAAGUGCCCUAUCCCCGCCCCGGAAUGUGCCCCAGCAAGACAUUCGGCAGCUUUGAGUCAACAAAGGGUUUCCCAGAUGAUGUGAUUCAGUUUGCGCGCCACCACCCUCUAAUGUAUAACCCGGUCUACCCUAUGACCCGGCGGCCCAUCUUCAUCAGGACCAAUGUGGACUACAGCUUUACACAGAUCGCUGUGGACAGAGUCAAUGCUGCUGAUGGACAGUAUGAUGUCAUGUUUAUUGGCACAGAUAAAGGGACUGUACUAAAGGUGAUCAGCGUCCCCAAAGAAAGCUGGAACAACAUGGAGGAACUUCUACUGGAGGAGCUGGAGGUUUUCAAAGAUGCCUCAUCCAUCAUCAACAUGCAGCUCUCCUCAAAAAGGCAACAGCUGUAUGUUGGCUCUGACACAGGCAUCGCCCAGAUUCCACUUCACCGCUGCAGCGUAUAUGGGAAGGCCUGCGCUGAGUGCUGCCUGGCCAGAGACCCAUACUGUGCCUGGGAUGGAACUUCCUGUACUCGCUACCUGCCAAACACAAAGAGACGUUUUCGUCGCCAGGAUGUGAGGAAUGGAGACCCCAACACUCUUUGUUCAGGAGAUCAUCAUAAGCACCGUAUUGCAGAGAAGAAGCUGUAUGGAGUAGAGGGAAGUAGCACUUUCUUAGAGUGCAUCCCCAAAUCCCUUCAGGCCAGAGUCAACUGGACCUUCCAGAAAAAUCCGCAGAAUCGACGAGAGGAGGUACAUCUAGAUGAGCGCAUCCUCCAGACAGACAGAGGUCUUCUGAUUCGUCGUGUCCUAAAAAGAGAUAUUGGCAUCUACCAGUGCCAUGCAAUGGAGCAUGGCUUCAGCCAAACCUUACUCGGCAUCACUUUAGAACUUGUACCUUCAACAUCUUCCUUUGUCUCCAAUCUACCUUCUGAUGCACCUGUUCGAUUAGACCCCCGCAGCGGAGGUGGACCCCCAAUGACCAAUCAGAAGCUUUGGUACCGGGACUUUAUGCAGCUGGUGGACCAUCCUAACCUAAGCACAGUUGACCAGAUUUGCGAGCAGGUUUGGGCACGCAGGAACACCGAUGGUGACCAGGUUGGUAAGGAUGUCACACCUCUGCGUCCUGCUGUCCGUCCAACUAACAAGAAAUGGAAGCAUCUUCAGGAGAUAAGGAAGGGGAGGAACCGUCGGACCCACGACGGGAAACCAAACCCUCGUUCGCCACGCAGUGCAGGAGAGUAACGAUGCAGAGAAAGAAGGAGAGCAAGAAAAGAAUGACUGACUCAAGAAGAAAGCAGGAGAAUGACAGAGACUGAGAGACCAAGAACUCCUGGAGGUGUUCACGCAUACAGAUACACCCACAUAAGCACACACAUACACACAUGGACACACAGCACCUCCUCUAUUGUGUAUAUUUAUCUAUGGAUGCCCCCACUAUAUGGUAGCCCAGCCCCUGAGUCCUCAUCCCACUGGCCAGUCCCUGCAUGUGCUGCCUUACUGCUCAAACUGAUUCUGCACGAUCCCUUUACAUAGUUCCACUAGAUUAGUCAGUUUACUAGCAGAUACAUGGGAGUAAACACACAUUGAUCUGUGGGUAAUAAACUCACUGACCUGUCAUUCCCUUCACCACUGUCAGUAUAUGGAAGGUGGGUUCACAGCACAGGAUGACCACAUCUUAAAUUGCCUGCUACAAGCCAAUUGCACAUUGUGUGUAGUUAGUGGGUCACAAUGUGCACACAGUUUUCCUGGACUACACCACAUAAACAAAUGUAACCCCAAAGUUUUGGAUGAACUCUCCAAAUGGCAUUUCUGACCUGAAGAUUUCAUGCCAGCGUAGCAAAAGUGUGGACUCGAGUGUUCUGCCCAGUGGGAAGCUAAUGGAGCAACUGGAAUAUACAAAAAUGUGACUGGAAACACACGACUAUUUAUGUUGAAUUGCACAGGCAGAUAAAAAUUGCUACUUAUUUAUACAAACAGAUGAACUUCCUGUGGUGCUGUACAUAGGAAGUACACACAUAAUAACCUCACUUUUCCAAGCAGUCACAAAAGAAAGUGAUGCCAGCAGCUUUGGGCACCCUGUGGAGCAGAUCAUCACGGUAAAAAAAAAAAACUGGUUACAUUAUAUUGUUUCUUUUUUGUUUUGGUUUUCCUUUUAGCAGUUUCCUCAGGCAAGUUGAGGCAUGUCACAGCAAACUAAAUUACACAAUGCAAUGCAGGUGGUCAUAGUUAGAGAGUAGUCCAGAUAUGAUUAUACAUAUUGCUUUACAUACUGGUUUGAACCACUGUAGAAAGAGUAGAGAAAAAUCUACUUGAAUUCCAUGAUAUGGAAAAAAGAAAGAUUAGCUGUUUACAGUGCAAAGACAAAAGAUGGAGCACAAAGAAAUCAGCCUGAAAGCAAAUUAAUACAUCUAAAAGUUUUAUCUGGCCUCUGUUAUGUCUACAAAUACAAGAAGGACUGGAAGAAGAGCUUUGACAUGAUCCAAAACCCUCACUCCAAAGGCUAAACAUUUGCUGCAUUCAAACAUUUUGUGCAUUAACAUUAAAAAGAAAUGAUGGCGGUUUGGUUUGGGUGAGAUGCAUUAAUAUGGCGAGCAGGAUGAAGAGGAAGAGGAAAGAUAUUAGCGGACUUCAAAUAUGACAACCUGUGUUUCUGGGCUACAUUGCAGUAUAUAUAUUAGCAUGAUAUUUAUGAGUGAGUCUAUGAUUUUUUUUUUUUUGUAUUCUAAGCGGUACUUCAUUUGUUUUACACUGUUCUUGCAUAUAUUGUUUGUUUUAAAUAGUUAUGCAAAGAUUUAAAUUAAGCGAGUCACAGAUUCUUCAUUCAGCACAGUAAAAUGCACGGAAAGCUGUUCACCGACCCACGAUGCAUCUUCACUGCAACAGAAAAGAAAAACAGUUCUGACUCUUUACACUGUUGUAAUCACUUCCCAAUUUAGUGUUACAGUCAUUAGUAUCACUAAUUUCUGCUGCUUAAUGAUGUCAUCCCUACAUAAUGGACAGUUAGUACUAUAAGGUCUUCCUUUUCAUGUCUUAGUCUAAUCUCUGUGUAUUAUCUGUAUAGAAAUCUUUGUUUGUUGGUUGUCUGUGCUAACAUUGUGUGUGUAGCCCUGCCCCUAGUGUCCAUUGUGUGUACGGGCUCAGAUGAAGCCUACCUGUGGUACGAUAGUUUAAUAUAUCAUAGCCUAUCCACAUGAAAGAAAGUGAAACUGGCUGGCCUUGUAAAAUAAACCAUGCAUUUCUUUUGCGUUCAGUCUGACUUUCAUGAUGACUUUAUGGUCUAUUUAUGUUUCUGCCUCAAUAUAUCACGGUUUGAAAGAAACUGGUCAGAUUGGGUUUGGUGAGUUAAUUCAUUCCCAAACUCCCCGCUAAAACUAGGUGGCGUAAACUAGACCCGUGAGUGGAUUUUUGAUGUGUGGACUCAUUGUUGCUGUUAUUUAUAUUCCUUCUUUAUAGAGAUGUAAUUAACUCGUUAAACUGAACCGACUGACGCCUGUAAAAGGGACACUCUGCAUUUUGACACCACAUCCAGGUAGAGAGGAUUUGCUGCAUUUAAAAAAAUUAAACUUUUUCAAUGCAGGAGCAGCAAUGCCUGCUUUUUCACCACAGAAUUUCUUAAAUCAUGCUAAUAUUUAACUCAAUAGGGAUUUUUAUUCCUUUCAAAAAUGAUUUUUUUUUUAACAUUGGUAGUGAUGUCAAACUUGCCUGAGUAUUCCUUUUCAUCCAGCUGUUGUUUUGUGCUUGAAAUUGCAUGACCAGUGUUAGUGGUUAACGCAUUUGACAAUGGUGUGGUGGCAAGAAAGAGAGAGGGAAAGAAAGCACAAUGUAGAAUAUUAUUAUUAUUAUUAUUCCUGUGUAUUUAUGUGCAAAGAUAAGCUGAUAUGUUGUGGUGGAUUUUUAUUUUUCCUAUACAUGUAGAUUUACAUCUGUGUUGUUCGUGUUCUGCUUAAAAUUACUCAUCCUCAACAUUUUUGUACAUUACAUCUUCCCAAAAGAGAGUGUCCAGUUAGUCUUUGUUGUUCACGCAGUCCUCCAAUCAAACACUCCUGUCGUAUCCCAUGCCAUAUGACGCACCCCUGUUUAACAGCUCACAAGGAGAAGCUUGUGUGUGUAUAUGUGAGGGCGUGUGAAUUGUGUGCUUCUGUUUUAUGCGUGCAUGCGUGUGUGUGUGUGUGUGUGAGAGAGAAAGUCUUGGGGGAAAGCAGAGCUCUGUAUAUAAUGGAAAAAAAAACAGCUGUUUGUAGAGUGGUCAAUAGAUGAAAGUUCAAAGGUCGAAGGCCAAAGUUAAUGUGGUGCACUGUAAAACUCCCAGGUCUUUGUGAAAUGUCAUGUCGGGUUGUUUUUUUUCAUUAACACAAUAAAAAUAUGCAGUUACUUCAAGAUUCA